ACCGAUCUAGCAAGACAGCGAUGGACCCAGUGAACUGAGUCUUAAAGCCAUCGUAUUCAUCCACACUCUUACAUAUCAGCACAUCAUGUGACCACGGCUAUGCCGCUGAACGCGGGAGUCACUCAACACAACCUGUACUGUUUUUAUUGAACAGCUACUUUUUUCUCCGCCCGCUCUUCAGCAAAGUUUCUCUUUUUCAGUACGCUAACACUGUUUAACUUAGCAGGUGAGAUGUUGAGCUCCAAGCUGCUGACCCUUGUGCUCGUAGUUCAGCCGGGCAGAGUGCUGCUGGGCAUGAAGAAGAGGGGCUUUGGAGCUGGAAAGUGGAACGGGUUUGGGGGCAAAGUUCAGCAUGGAGAAACUAUUGAGGACGCUGCUAGGAGAGAACUGCAAGAAGAAAGUGGUCUCACGGUGGAUGCACUCCAGAAGAUCGGAAAUAUCAAAUUUGAAUUUGUGGGAGAAACGCAGUUGCUUGAUGUCCAUAUUUUCAGAGCUGACGCAUAUAAUGGAGAACCAACAGAAUCAGAUGAAAUGAGGCCGCAGUGGUUCGAAAGUGACAAAAUUCCUUUCAGUCAGAUGUGGGCUGAUGACAUACUGUGGUUCCCAUUGAUGCUGCAGAAGAAGAAAUUUGUUGGAUACUUCAAGUUUCAGGGUCACGACGUGAUCCUCAGCCACACGCUGGAAGAAGUGGAGGAGCUCUGAAGGGAAAUAACCCGGCUAUUACUGAUGGCAUUUACAUCAGGGAGCAAUAUAAAAACUCAAGUCUUCUGAAAAUUGAUAAUUGCACUGUUCCUUCACUGUUACGGUUAUUGUGUCAUUAUCUGGGAGGAAACGAGAAUACCCUGUGGACUAAACAGAAUUAUGUUUUCUGUAUAUGCGGCGUAUUUACAUGUUUUAUAACUGUAACAUAACUAGAAACCUUAUUUUCUUUCCAGGUUUUCCCCGUGUGACUCAAAGCAGCACUACACUGAAAGAAAACAUCCAUUUUUCACAUUUUAUUUUGAGAAUAACC